AUGUGUUCUUCAGAGAACACAGGUUCUUCGGGACAAAUGCAUGUGAGCCCAUAUCAAUCAAAUGGCCUAUGUUCACAAACAUGCCAAGGUUAUGCUUUCGGUGUGUUACAAGACAAGACCUGUUGGUGUUCUAAUAUCACUCCGGGCUCAGCAGAGUCUGUGGGUGACUGUAAUGAUCAAUGUCCAGGGUUCCCCAGUGACAAAUGUGGCAAUCUGUUCAAGGGAUAUUUUGCAUAUAUCUUGUUAGGCACUCCUAGUGGCACCAUGAGUGAGUCGUCAAGUCAAGCAACAAGUACUAGUGCUAGCAGUAGUACAAGCUCAAGCUCAAGUUCAAGCUCUAGCUCCAGCUCAAGCUCCAGUUCUAGUUCUAGUUCUAGCUCUAGCUCUAGUUCUAGUUCUAGCUCUAGCUCUAGCUCUAGCUCUAGCUCCAGCUCUAGUUCCUCCUUAAGUAGUAGCUCAUCAUCACAGGCAACCAGCUCCAGCUCAAGUUCGACUUCCACGCCAUCGGCAGCUGUCUCCUCAAUCUCAUCAAUAUCUUCAGAAGAUUCUUCAUCAUUUUCGUCGACUACAUUAUCCACGGUUAUGUCUUCGUCGACAGCCGGUGCCAGUGCUGCAUCUGAAUCUGGUCGCAAGGUAAACGGUCAAGGAGAAUCUGCUAAUCACUCAUCAUUUUUUUCUGACAAAGGAAAAGUAGCAGGCGUUUUUACAGCUGUGGCCAUAAUUAUACUACUUCUACUUGGUCUGAUAUUCUUCUUAUGCUAUCGUAGAAGAAAUGUGGUUGCGACUGGAAAGAGCAGUCCCACAAGCUCAUUCAGUGACACAGGUAAACCCGGAGGGUCUCCUCAGUUUGGUGGAUCAAAUGUUGUUGUUACCAAUGGGGGUGCAGCUAUUAAGAGAGAUCAGUCGAAUGCCACGACUCUUGCAGGUUUGAGCUACGACGAAAAGUCCCGCAUGGAAAACGGUACAAUCAUACCUAUUGUUGACCAACGAUUAGAUCCUGGUCAAAUGUACCUACGAUGGCAUGAGAGCGACUCUAGAAGAAGUUUACACGAUGAAUAUGACUAUUCUAGGAGGGUUUUAAGAGUCGCCAAUCCCGAUCAUGGUCUAGAUAGUUUAGAAAAAGAGGGUAUCAAUUAA